GACAGCGCGUCGCUCGCGCGGCAGAAGUCCGCGCAGGACGGGGAGCUGAACCAGCAGUGCGUGCUGGUCCUCAGCAACAACCACACCGAGAUCAAGCGCGUGCGCACGUCGCAGUGGCGGGCAAAGCGGAGAGCGGGCGCCCGCGGCACCCGGAUGAGGAUGCAGGCGAGGAAGCGGAAGGCCCGGCGGGGCCGCAGGGCGAGGAGGCGGCGGAGGCCGAGGGCGAGGACGCCGACGAGGACGAGGGGGCUGCCAUCAGUGGCGCCUUCGCCUGCCACGAGUUCGACGCCCUGUUCGCCGUCACCGAGCACGGCCAG